CCACUGUAACCUCACUCGUAACCCUCAUACCUCUCCAAUGGCGGCCACACCUCUCCCCCCAAAAUCAAUCCCCACCGCACCUCCGCCAAUCCCCACCGUCCGAUUCCCCAACCUCCCCCUCCCCACCACCAAUUCCCCCCACACCAAAAGGACCAAUUCCAUGUCUACAAACGCGAAGAAGUCUCCAUGGACGUGGCUCGAUUUCUUCGACGACGGCGAAGAUCCUGACAUGGAGUACGGUGAGCUUUUCUCCGACGGGAAGCAGGACGAGGAUCCCCGGCCGCCGGACGAUCCGGAGAAUCCGUACGGAUUCCUGAAGUUUCCGGCGGGGUACGCCGUGGAGAUCGCGUCGCUGGGAUUGAAAAUCCGGGGGGAUGUGCGGCGGUGCUGCUGCGUCGUCGACGGCGGCGUCUACGAGAACCUGCUGUUUUUUCCGGCGAUUCAGCUUAUCAAGGAUCGGUACCCCGGCGUGCAGAUCGAUGUGGUGGCGACGGCGAGAGGGAAGCAGACUUAUGAGAUCAAUAAGAAUGUCCGGUGGGCGAAUGCUUACGAUUUGGACGACGAUUUUCCGGAGCCGGCGGAGUACACCGACAUGAUCGGAGUUCUCAAGUCGAGGUACUAUGAUAUGAUAUUGUCGACGAAGCUUGCGGGGUUCGGCCACGCGGCGUUCUUGUUCAUGUCCAGCGCAAGGGACCGCGUCAGCUACAUCUACCCGAACGUGAACGCUGCCGGGGCAGGCUUGUUCUUGUCCGAGACCUUUCGACCUGACACCGCGAAUCUAUCCGACGGCGGAUUUGAUAUGUACAAUCAGAUGGUUAAUUGGCUCGGGAGGCCGUUCCGGAGUGUUCCAAGGCAGCCGUUGCCUCCGUUCAAAGUGUCCAUUUCGAGGAAAGUGAAGGCCGUAGUCGAGGAUAAGUACAAAAACGCCGGCGUGUCGAAGGGAAAGUAUGUCGUGAUUCAUGGGAUCGAGUCGGACUCCAAAGCUUCGAUGCAAUCGAGGGGAGACGUCGAUAGCUUGCUCCCGAUCGAGAUAUGGGACGAGAUCGCUACCGCGAUAACGGGACUAACGCCAGUGUUCGUCAUCCCCCACGAGAAGGAGCGGGAAGACGUCGAGGAAGUCGUCGGGUACGACGCUAGCAUCGUGUUCAUCACCACUCCCGGGCAGCUGGCGGCGCUGAUCAACGACUCGGCCGGGGUUAUAUCUACGAACACAGCCGCCGUACAGCUCGCCUAUGCGCGCGAGAAACCGAGUAUAGCAUUGUUUUGUUCGGACGAGAAGGCGAGAGCGUUCGUGCCGAAACCGGAGGAGAGGAAAUGUGCGGUGAUAUCGUCGAAGACGGGAAAGCUUUCGGACAUCGACGUUGAAGCUGUUAAGAAUGCUGUCCAAAUCUUUUGCAUGCCGUUAGCCAUUGUGCAAAGCUAAUUCGACAAUGUAUAUAAGAUUGGGCCUUAAACGGGCCUAAGAUUGGGCUUCUGUUAUUGGGCCUUAAAUUGGGCUUUUAAGUUUGGGCCAUAAAUGGGCUUAGAUUAGGCUUCUAAGGUUGGGUCUUAAAUGGGUUUAAAAUUUGGGCUUAUGAAUUUGGGCCUCAUUGGUCUAGGUUAUUGUUAUUGUAAUAGGAAUUAUUCAUGUGUAAAUGAUAUCUUUGAAAUUGUUUUGUAAUUAA